AUGGCGGUUUGCUUAUUUUGCGAGUCACAAAUUGUCGCCAAAUUGAUAGUUAACCCUUGGAUUUCUCCGAGGAGAACGAAGUUAGGUUUCGUAGCGGUCGGUCGGAGUUUAGCCACGAUCCGCCGGUUUCCGGCUACCGUCAGGGCUUCGGCGGUGGUGGAUUCCGAUGAGAGUUCUUCCAAUUUCGCCAAGCGUAUGGAACAAGCUUGGAUUAUCUCCCAGCAGCCAAGACCCGUUGGAUGUUCAUCGUGCAGUGCAAAGGGUCAUGUCGAAUGCAAAUGGUGUGCGGGUACAGGAUUCUUCAUCCUCGGUGAUAACAUGCUCUGCCAGGUACCUUCAAGGAAUACUUCUUGCGUGAUCUGUUCCGGGAAGGGUUCGGCAUGUUGUAGCGAUUGCAAGGGAACAGGUUUUCGUGCCAAGUGGUUGGAAACGCCUCCAGUACGGUCAUAG